GUGAGAGAGAAACGGUGUCCGAUCGUUUCUAUUGACUGGUGCUCGGUGUUCGCUAGCGAUGUUCUUCUCAUCUUGACAACUUCAGGUUUGAAAAUCUGGAACACAUGCCUGAACGGAGAUUGUUUGAAUGACCGAUAUUCUGUCAUCUGAGUGGCAAUGGCUGUUGAUAACCCAACGUACUUUUCGGUGGCGGGACCCGGUUCUUCAUCCGGCGGGGUCCCCACGACUUCCUCGUCGCAGCCGAGAAGCCUGGCAUCGUUCUUCCGCCGAAAGGGGGACAAGAUGAGAUCGACGACGUCGGCGAGCGUCGCGCCUACCUCAACAACCUCGACCAACAUCGCCAGCAACGCGAUCCAAAUAAUCGACAGGGCGAGGAGCUCAUCGACGCUACCAGAUGAUCAGAUCCUGGCCCAGAACGGAGGCCAGUCGCUUCAGCCAGGCGGCACGACGCCCCAACGACGCAGCUUCAAGAACUUCUUCCGGUCCGUUAGCGCCAAUGCUGACCCGGAGAAGACCCAGCAGUUCCUCAACGGCGACCCCAGGCCCUCUGACGUAGCCCCACCGUCACCCUACCUGCCCCAUAGGUCCCACUCGCACUCUGAGAACGACAGACGCCGACCCGGGAGGAAGAAGAUCCUGAAGUCAGCGAGCGAACUUCUGUCCAACGACAUGGUUUACUGCGGACUCGCUGGCGAGGAUGUCGUCAUCGGCCAAUCGACGGCCGAUCCUGGCGAGGAGGUCUUCCUUGGAGCCGAGGACGCCAGGUACUACAACGUGUCGGCCACUCUUCCCGUUCCUGGAUCAGCUGCUGCUGGUCGGAGGCGACACUCGAUUGGCACUUUCUUGAACAAGACCAACGGAUCGAAUCAAUCGGUGAAGAAGGUCAUCGAACCCCUCAGACAACCCGACACCAUGGCGCCUCCAGUUCCGACUGUUGAUGAUGAGACUACCGAACCACAACCACCCCAGGAAGCCAAAGUCUCACGCCGACGACGUCACAGGAGCGCUUGCGGCAAGGGAACCGCAGUGAUGCCGUUCGUUACUGGAGAGGCCGCGAUAGACGACGUCAUUCUUGUAUCAAGUAAGGAGAGCGAGGUUGCAGUGCUGUGGGUCAACUACCUUGUAUCAUGCUUUGCGCACAUAAGCCAACAGCAAGGGCGACCACCCUUCAAAGUACAGCACGUGACCGUCGAGGAAACGAGGACUCCAGAAGCAGAGGAGAAAAUAAGCGCGGCUCGUCUUCGGAUAAUCGUCUUGUGCCCGAGCCUUUUGGAGUACGCAACCUCGAAUCCUGCGCAAGCAGCUAGCCUCUCGAGGCACUUGGUUUCGGAUAAGGUCCUGGCUAUGAUGCUCGGGGUUGACGACACCCACAUUACUGAAAAUCAUAAGGCCGCCCUGGUCUCCUAUAACGAGUGGAGAAAGUUCUUCGUCAAAGAUAAAGAUGAAGAUUUUGUAGGCGAUCUUAUGAGGGCGGCAGUAACAGUUCUGGGAACUUCGGCGUAUCAAACUUCGAAGACCGACCAAACGUCCUUCUCCAUUCUACCAAAGAAAGUCAAAAUGGGCCAGAGCAGAGUGAUCGCCUUACUGAACGACCCUCUCCAGCCAGAGGACGUGGUUACAGUGGUAGUUGACAGAUGCGGAGAAGCCAUAGUCGUGUCGCAUAUGAAAAAAAGAAAUCCCUAUACCCUCCAAUUCUCUAUACCUGACAGAUGCCUCGAAGUUUCCAUGCUCGUCGGCGUUAGGAUUUCCAAGAACGGUGAAGCUCUGGGCGUCCGACAAGUCAAAUGCGAAAGUCGCCUGCGGGAGUUGGAUCAAAUUUUAAGGGCCAAUGACAAUCCUCUGGAAUUCAUGUGCCAGACUCUGGGCUUUAAUUCGGGAGACCGCGAACAGCUGGACAAUUGGAUGGUGCACGCUUUUCAGCGAAACUUACCACCUCAUUUUAAUCUUCUGUCAAGUCCCGCUGGAACUGUGCCAGCUCACAAAAAUCAGACGAGUCCUGAAGAGACCCCGACGCUUCUUCAUUUCGCAGCACGUUUUGGUCUGGAGAAAUUGGCUUGGCAACUUCUAGAUUGCCCGGGCGGUGACCUAGCAUGUGACCUUAGAAACGUGUCGGAGUUGACACCAGCCGAUCUUGCGGAACAAGCUGGCCAUACGAAACUAGCACAAACUCUUCGUGGCUACGUGCAAAUGAACGAGUUCACUAACAUGUACACUUACCUGAAAGUCAUGAGCGAGUCAACAUCGACACCAACGCCAGGCAACCACACCCCAAUUCAAGAUAACGAGGAUGAAUACAGCCAACCCAGAGCUUUGAACGACGUGUAUAUGGUACCCCCAACAGCUAGACCGUUGACUUCCAUAGUCACUCACCCAUCUUCAUGCCCUUCUUCAAGCACUGUAGCGGAUUCAAAUAUGGGCGACUACGCUAUAGCACCGGCACCGACACCAGUGCAAAUCAUACCUCCUCCGACAAGCACGUCGACAAAUGGACUCGAUCUUCCAUUUCAUGGUUAUAUGGAAAUGCACCCUGCCAGUUUCAAAACUCCGGCUACACCAACACUUUCUCGGUCCAACUUUGCAUCCGGCAACUCAGGGACCUGUGAAACAGUUACGGAACAAAAUCGGGACGAAUCAACACCGACGCCAAGCUUAUCAGGGAAAUCAAACUUUGCCAAACCACGUGAACAUGCGGGACCACAAGAUGAGCUCCUUGAAAUUAUACACGACUUCAAAAACAAUGUGUUCACGAUUUCGGAGGUUGAAAAGCUGGUAGAUUCUUGGAAGAAACGUAACGACGUACAACAGAAUUUUAAAGAGAAAGACAGGCAGUUGAUGGCGAUGCGAGACGAGUACGAAAUUAUGCAGAAACUAUUGAGGGAAAAAAUGAAAAGGCCCACACCAUUCGAUAGAGUACGAAAGCUGUUCGGUAUUUCGAAGAAAGAUACAAAGGACACCUCUAGUGGAGAAGAAAUACCGAUACAAAAUAAGAACGUAACUACUAAUACCCGCCGACCAGUCAGCAGUUUAAGUCUUCACAGCGUAUCGAGUUCGUCUUCAUCAGGACGCAUGAGUAUGGUUAGUGAAUGCAGUGGAACGAGCCUCGGUGAUAGUGGAACUCAUUCUGAUCCCGAGGAUCGAAAACGUUCCAGCACGGACAAAGAAGAAUCAAUAUACUACGAAGUCCCUCCAGCACCGCGUCCAUAUCCGCAAAGGUAUUCUCCGGUUCGUUGCGGCCCAACAUCAAUCAAUUCAAUCGGUACAAACAGCUUGGGCCGAAGACCACCACAAACUGCCGCGAAGCCAUCGCCGGAAGCGUUCUACAUGACCUGCACUCCAUCCGGAUUACCAAUUCACUCCUUCAAAGCAGACGGGACACCCAGAGAGCCAAAAACUCCCAUCUCGCCAACCGACCAGCCUGAUUACCUUGAUCUUCCAACGAGAGAAUCUACCAAUGGUAAUUUGAACGCAAAACCUGUUUUCGGCAACACGGUAACUCCUCCACCAGGGAUGUGCAUUCCUACAGAGUACGUGAGCAAUCAACAACAGAGGCAGAUCACUCGAGAACAACCGACUUUUGGGCAACCUGAACAAGGUAGUAUCUCCGAAAAAACAGUUGUCGGAGGUGACGAAGAAUACGUCGAGUCGGAUGUAGUCACAGAAGCUUUGACCGGUGAUACAGGACUCUCGGACACGUCGGACCUUCCGGAGUACGUCAACGUCGAAGUGCCUGCGACGACGACUUUGCCGUCCGAGGUGAAAAAGUUACCUGCACCUCCGAUACCUCCUCGUGUUAAGACUGUUCGUUGAGAAAUGAAGUAUGUAACGUUUGACAAAGAAGGCAUCUCGCAAUGUGUAAGUGUAAAUAUAUUUUCAUAGCAUCUAAAGUGAUUAUACACCUAUACGUAUGUACAUAACUAUUUAUGUUUUGAUUCAGAAUUAUUUAAUUGCAAGAAAAACCAAACACGUAUCUCGAGUUGAAAUUUAACUCUUAUGGUUUUGCUUGUGAAUUUAAUUCUAGAAAUCAAUUUUGCACGCAUGUUACAUACCUUUUAAAAUACAUUAUAUAAUUCCGCUCGAAAUGCAACGUCUUUGUCACGUGUAGUAAGUCUUUGAAAGUGGUAUUUCUGUAGCCAUACAAAAAUAUAGAAAAAUAUUUAAUCUUCAUGAACGAUUUCAAAUCGUAAUUCAGUUUUCCGUUUCAGUAUAAUCACAGUUAUUAAUAAAAUGAAAAUAAAAUUAUUAUAAGAAAGAAACGGAUAGAUAUUGCAAAGAUUACGGGUUCGAUCGAGAAAACUUUUUCAUCGCGAAAUGUAAUGGGAUCACGUCAAUGUGGUAAUUCGAAUUACGGUGCUGCAACGAAAUCGAUUGAUUUAAUGCACCUCGUAAACCGUUCUGCACCGAUCUAGUAUUAAAAAAAUAUCUGAUUUGCAUUCUAUUAGUACGUAAAUAUAGAAUAUUAUAUUAUAUUACACUUAUAUUAGAUUAAUAUUAUACUCGUAUUACAUAUUACACAUUUCGCCAUAGUGACGUAAUUAUUCCGUUAGCGGAGUGGCUCGUUCUUCAAGUAUUUCAAUUUCUUUAAUCAAGGAAAAAUAAUAAUUCAUGAAUAACCAGACAUUAGUGAAAUUUGGGUAUUCAGCAGCUCAUGCAAAUGAUUUACAGAAAUGCGAAAGCAAAUUUUUUACUGGACAUAAAUCGAAGCGAAAAUUACCAAAGAAUUCGUGUUAAAUUUUCGGUCGAAAUACGUCGAAAAGAAUUAAAUUCGUAGCCCGAUGGAAACUAAAUUUUUGUUCGUAAAUUGUCGCUCUUUUGAAAUAAUAUACCACGAAGAAAAAUAAGACCACAUAAAAGGAAUAGCCAUGUCCGGUAAAUAUGGUGUAAUUUCGCUACGGAUGGCUGAUUUUCUCAUAAAAAUAUUCAAUGAAUACGUAGUAAAGUUGAGAACAUGUAAAUUACCAAAUACUUGGACGCGUGUCCAAAUAGAUAAAUACAAUGCUAGUGAGCACCAAAUCAAAUCUUUUGACUCUUGGCAUACCUACAUGAAAAUAUAUAGAUUUUGUAUGUAUAGAGAGAAAGAGAGAGAGAGAGAGAGAGAGAGAGAGAGGCGGAAAGAAGGAUUUGCCAAAUAUUGUAAAUAGUUUAACGUAGUCUUCAUAAAUUUUUUUAGUAAAUAAUAAUGAGAAAAGACUCAUUGAUUUGUUAACUUACUACGGCUCAUCCUAUACCGAGUCCUAUGCGUAUUUAGAGCAUGCAUAAUUAGUUAACUUACGAACUAAAUGACAUAUUUCUACUACUCCUGCAACCGCUGGGGAUCGAAAUAUGAAAAUUGUUCCGUUUUAGGACGUCCUGGAAUGGGACGUUAGUGAUUAGAAAUUUGUAUAAUUAAUUGCAAUAAUUUUUCGGACGUCUUCUUACAUCAAUAUUGAAAAUUUUUUUUUUAAUCUUGUUUCCUUUCAUGAAAUUUCAUUCGGCGAACACAAAGCCUCUGCAUACUUCUGCACGAUUCUAAUAGUACCCCGGUUGUAAUACCGAUUACACAAUUAUUUAGUAUUUUUGUAUAAUGUAUUUUAUUUCAUACCUGUAGAUGCUUCUUCCAAACAACUGCUAUUAUGUAAAGCGUUUGGCGGAAACAAUGCGCCUAUAUUUGAAAUUUGUUGAACAGAAUUAACGAUCGACGUAUAAUCUAAUCACUGUCAAAUUUUAUUCUAAUUACGCAAUUUUAGUUUCGUAUGAAAAAAUAUGCCUUGCGCUAUACAACUCAUGAACAUUGUUGUACGCGAUAUAAUUAUUGUAAAUCGUAAUUAUUCACCAGCACUUCGUUCUAGUUAGUACACUUUAGGUAUACAUCAUGAUAAUAUUCGUGCCCUAGUACCAACGAUGCAUUUAUAUCUACGGAUUCUUUAGCCAUAAACGUGAGCCGCGAUAAUUAUUAUAGCUAUUUCUUAUUAAUGUAAGAGAAAAAAAUGUCUCUAUAUAGAUACAUGCCUUCGCGCUCUAUAUUAUACAGCGCUAAUUUAUAUUUAUAUUUUCAAGUACAUAAUAUACUAUAUAUAUUAUAUAUGUGUAAAAUUUAUUGUCGUAUAUACGUUAACUGAAAAUAGAAAGAUGCGAAAAAUUUUCCCCCAAUACUUCAAGUUCGUGUUUAUUCAUGUAAAUAUCUCUACGGCAUCGAGAAUAAUAUUUAUGUUUAAUGCUGCCUAUAGCAGACGCAAACACAUACAUAAUGUAUGUAUGCAAAUGCCUGCAUAGAACAAGCGCUAUACCUUUAUAUCUUUUUUGCAAAGUUAUAAACCCAUGACACAAUAUAUACAAUUUAUAAAACUCUCGCGUUUUUCAAGUCGCGCGAGACGUGUGUCUUUUUAAACAUUAAUCAGUGCCAGUUUUAAGUUUCGAAAUGUCAGGUUUGAAUGUCAAGGUUUUCGAUUUUGUACCUAUACCCUAACGAUACCAAGGUAUAAGAUCGGUUGCUUUAUAAACUUCUGAAAACAACCAAAUACCAAUUUCAGAUUCAGCAUCCCGAUACAUUUUUUUUACAAUAUCUUGUUCUUAGCUUUCUGGAUCAUUAUUUUUAUGUUUAGAAUUAUUCAAAACUCAUUUGGGUUUGAUAAUCCGGCUUCCAAGAACCGGGCAGUAAAUAUUCAACUCCCUAAUUUACACUUUGGUAACUCAUCUUUACACGUAAAUUCCACACUGAUGCAAAUUGCUAUUCCGAAUGUUCAAACUACUGUAAAAUUUCGAUGUAAUAAAAGAUUUAUCCAAUUCUUAAA